AUGAUGCCGUUCAACGACGCGUCCAACGUGCCGCGCAUAUGCACAUUAGUCAAUUUCACGGAUCGGCCUCUGCCGUACGAGUUCCGCCCGUCCGCUUCCCCGCUUCCCACUGGUUUGGGGAACGCGCUACUGGGUACCAGCGCAACGCCAUCGCAGCAGCCUCGCGCGCGUGUGCCUGCGGGGCAGGUUGACGAUCUGGGAUCGGCGGGAAAUUUCCUCGUCGCUACGGCUUCCGCAGUGUCAGCUUUCGUGAAGGACAUUGAGACGUUGACGGGACGCCUAGCCAUGAUGUCGUGUGCAGCCGCGCUGGUCGCGCAGGUGCUCAUUGGCGGGCAGGGCCUCAUCGAUUAG